AUGAGGCAACAAAAGCGAAAAAAGAGGGAAGAAGAAAAAUCGAAAUGUAAAGGACAAGAUAGUGAACUAAAAAUCCUUCAAAUCGCUCAAAAUACCACUUCUGAGGCAAAAGGACGACAACUUACCGUAGGUUAAGGUAACUCAACCUUUCUUUAGAAUUGAUCCAUGCACAUUUUAGCCAUAUACCGCCACAGAUGAAGCAAACGCUAAAUCCAGUACAUUUAUUAUAAAAAACACGUUCUAAAUAACAAUGCUAAAGAUUCUAUCUUACUACCAGAUAGUUCUCACUUAAACUGUCCACUUUAUAGCGAUGAUUUACUUCUAAUAUCUACCUCUGCAGAAGGUUUGCAACAAAGUCUUGACACACUCACAAAUUAUUGUCAGGAUUGGCUUCUUCAGAUUAAUCCAACUAAAACCAAAGUUACUGUAUUUCAGAAGAAAAGUAGAAAAUCAGCAAUAGAUUAACACAAUUUUAUGGUUAGCAAUGAAAACAUUGAAAUCGUCAAUAACUAUACCUAUCUUGGAGUGAAAUUUUCUGCCAAUGGAAAUUUUACAAAUCACAAGGAAAACUUAACAGAAAAAACAAAGAGAUCCUUUUUUGCCGCUCGUCGUUAUCUAGAUUUUCUAAAAUUACCAAUUCACCUCAUCAACAAACUGUUCAAUACACUAUUUUUCCCAAUUUUAACGUAUUGCUUUGAAGUCUGGGGAAUCUAUGAUAAAAGUGAUUAUAGCCGCUGGGAUAAAGACUCGAUUGAGAAAACGCAUAUACAUUUUUGUAAGAUGUGUUUAGGUUUAAACAAACGUUCACCGAAUGUUGCAUCGAGAAAUGAACUUGGUAGAUUAUCUCUAAAUUUACAAAUAACAAUGAACAUUUUCAAAUUUUGGAUUCACCUUGAAAAUCACCCCGUGACAGCAUUGCUAAACUCUGCUUAAACAUAUCGGAUAAAAUGGCCGAAGAAAAUAAAUCAGGUCUAAUAAAUAAAAUAAAUCUUUUGAGCACAUAACUUAAUAUUCAUAAACAGUCAGUUGACUUUAAAAACCCUUCUACUUUCCUAUCCGAAGCUGAGAAUAAUUGUCAAAACAUCUGAAAAACCACCAGCUAAAUUUGAUAAGAACAAAUAAAAAACUAAAAUUCUACUCCAUCUUUAAAAAUGAAACAGAUCUCUCUGAAUUCAUCAAUCAUAUCCGGAAUCCUGAACAUAGGCCUGUAGCUUCCAAAUUUAGGAUAGGAAAUCAUAAUUUAAAAAUAGAAACUGGAAGAUUUACAAUCCCCAAAACUCCUGAGGACCUUAGAAUCUGUGAUCAUUGCAACCAAAAUUCGGUUGAAAAUGAACUACACAUAUUAUUUCACUGUGAUCAAUUCAAUGAUUUGAGAAAGACUCUUUUCGUUAAAAUCAACGACCGAAAUACAUUAUUUACACAUGACAAUAUCCAUGAUAAAGUCUGUUUUCUUUUUAACAAUACUGAUUCACAUAUCAGCAGGCUAGCUGCUAAUUUCAUCUUUCAAGCAUUUGAAAGACGAAAGAAACAUAGUUAAUUCUACCGUUCAAUCAUAUCUGCAUUUCCUUAAACUUAGCUGUUUAUUAUUGUUAUUUUAAUCGGUAACGCCUGUACAAAAUGGUAAUACUGAAUAAACUUGUUGUUGUUGUUGUUGUGUUGGCCCCGUGUGGUCAAAAAAGAUUUAAUUACAAGUCAUGAACGUGACCAAACUUAGUGGGAGUUCAAUAAAAUAAAAUCUCCCGUACCCUUGACCAAUCAUUGGUGCAUAACACCAUUUUAGUAAAAUCCAACUGGUGGUCUGUUAUCAAUGCUGCGUUCUGAUUGGUUGAGCUAUUACUAGGCUAUAUGUUAUAGCCCACUAGUAGCGAAAAGCGCGUGCUUUUUGGCAGCAAAAAAGGAUUAAAGUCUAGCUUUAACUAGCUAAUUUUUUUUAUUCUCGAUAUUUUUGACCAACUAGUUGGAUUUUACUAAGACAAUUAUUCCUCUCGCCCUCAUGGCCCCUGAGUCAAUAGCCCAUUCGGUCUUCGGCCCCAUGGGCUAUUAACUCAGAGCCCAUUCGGGCUCGAGGAUUAAUUGUUAAAUAUGCCAAUGUUAAACCACAAAAGGCCGGAGAGAAAAACAUUCUAAUGAAAUAAUCACGAAGUGCUAUUCGAUACUAGUAUUCGAUAAGACAAAUAAUCUGGAUUCAAUAUGAACUUUCUUCUUCCGCAUCAGUUAACAUCACGACAAUUCAUGAUGUGAUAUUUCAGCCGAAAAACACGCGAUAAACUCAGUUCCAUUUUUCCAGCCUUGGCAGGGGACCACAAAGUUGCUUCCCAAGGAUUCAUUCUUUCGGACAAGGUCAGUAUGGGCUUAUCUUAAACUCGCCGCUCAGGGAUUUGAACUGUUCCUCAGGUAACUUCGCUUACAGAGGGUCAGAGGGUCUCCGUAAAGCUAUCAAAAGACUCUACGAUCUCUAAAACAAAGAAAAAAUCAAGACCGCUUUUAGGCUUUGCUUUGACCAAAUUACUAUAAUAUAAAGAAACAUCAGAAACGCAGCUGAAUGGGAUUUGAAGUAGAAGGAAUACGAAUUUCACGUUAUGAAGAGCAAACAACUCUAAGGCCUGGUUCAGACGCCGAUCUUUUCAUGAGCCGAACCCAAUACAUUGAAUUAAGUACAUGAAAAGUUCGGCGCUGAAUCAAUCGACCUUGUCACGGUUUUCGACGCCAUCUUCACGAGUAGGCAAACCAGACGUGAGAAAGUACAGUGUUUGUAUGAGAAUCUAAUGUCGAAUAAUUUCCGUGAAUGGCGGUUUUAAAAAAUAUGUUAACUGUAAACUAAAGCUUCACUGUUAAGAGAAUGUUGCUCAGAAUACAAGGAUAUGACUUCAUUGUCAAGUACAAACCUGGCACAGAAAUGCCUUUUGCUCGCCAGACCAAACCGUCUACCAAGUGAAGAGUCAUUGGACCUACGCAAAGUAGUGCAAUUCCUUGAUGAGAAGUUCAAUGCACUGAAGCAAGACACCUCGUCUAAUCCUGAACUUCAGCUCUACUCUGGCUGGCCUAAAAACAUAACCAAGUUGCAGUGCUAAGUAAGCCACUGGGCCUACCGGGAUGAACUGUCUAUUGAAAACAGUCUGGUCCUCAAUAGCCUCUCAGGCAGGCGUUUUUAGGGGAGCUCGUUUUUCAUCCCUCCCCACAAGGAUGAAAAACGAGCUCCCCUAAAAACGCCUGCGUGGGAGGCUUGGUCCUCGAGGGAGAAAGAGUGAUUAUUUCAGAAUCACAAAGAGAUGACAUCAUAGAGAAGAUAAAUCAGGCUCACCAAGGUAUUACGAAAGUGUCAGCUGUGUCCUGUGCAUUCUAACAUUGAGGCUAGAGCGCGGAAAAGCUACAAUCAACAUAACGUCCAUUCCAAUGGGUGUAUUGAGUGACAACUUCAUUCUGUCAAAAACAUUUUAGACAAGGCUGUGAAAUCUCAGUGGACAGGACCUUCACAAGUCAAUGCUGUGUCUUAGAUCUAUUCCAACUGAUUGUCACAGCUUCCAUCCCCUGCUGAAUUACAGUAGCAGGGAAAGCUUCAAACAAUUCAACUCUUCCUAGCAGGGUCGGAAAUCACAUACCUGAGAAAAACAAAUUGCUUAACGCCGGACAGAACUCCAGAAGUCCAUAAAGGGAUCAUGUGAGGUAGAGGAUCAUUAAGGAGUCGAGGAUCAUUUGGGGGUCCAUUUUGGGGAUCAUUCGCAGGCGGGGAUCAUUUGCGGUACAGUUCGCUGGGUCAACAUAGUUUGAUUUCUCAAACCUAUUUUAUCUAUACGCUACUUGUGUAUCACCUGAACGUUGCAUUAGUCGUGUCUCCUGAUCUCUUAUUUGAGUUUGACUGGAAGAGUUCCUAUUCUUCUUACAGAUUAUUUAGAGGAGGCACCGUAGCCGAGAGGUUAUAACGCUGGACUUGCAGUUCAGAGGUCUCGAGUUCAAGUCCCUCCCUGAUUGCUAGCUCGAUUUGUUCUCGGUAGUCCCGAGUUGAAAGUUAGAAUUCUCGACCACCCCUGUAAAUAUCCAACUCCGGCCAGUUGAGAUUCUUAUCUCAUUAUAUUUGAUUUAUAUUAUUGCCCCCGCAGGGACUUCGCCUAGAAGGCGAAAUCCCGAGGAGGCACUCAAGUAACUCGCGCCUAUACUAAAGUACUUACUGUUGAAAUAUACAGUCAUACAGUCAAUAUACAAAAAAUCUCGAUUUGCUUGAACAGGGGACGCGAGGAAUCGGUAGGUAAUGCAAAAUGGUUAGGAUGACGUAAAACACAAAAAAUCCCGGAGGGACUGCUUACAAUAGGUACAUUUUGUGACAUUAAUUGUGCAGUCAUACUUCGAUACUCUUCUGCGUUACGUGUUAUCAGUGACAUUCUCUUGAGCAGUUGUUAUGAAAGUUAUGGGCCAAAAGACACUUGUUAAGCGCAGAUGAAGUUAUAAGGUGCAUAUAGCAGUGUAUAUUUUAACACCAAGUGAGUUUGCCAGACAAAAGGUCACAAGUCUUUUAUUGGAGACCUUGGCAGACACUCUUUCUCUUUCUUUGACCGGAAUAAGACUCGGCCCCAAACAAGCAAGACGGGUGAAUGAUUCAACGGCUAGCUUAUACAUCAAUGGCAGAACGAUGGACGAUUACAGAAAUUCGCCGACCAUCAAAUUCUGUGCUGACUUAUUCCCUGCCCACAGAUGUCCUUCCUCCAUAUAAGUUUAAAACAAGACUAGAAUGCGCGAGCGUGAAUUGAUCAAACGUCCUUUUAAUUUCUAAGGAUUACUUUCCGGCAAAUAAAAUGAACUAAAUGUAAAAAGUGUAAUAAAAAUAGCGAAAAAUUCAACUUCUAAUUAAACCUUUUCUUAUGGUUUAGAAUAAACUAUUCUCGAAACUGAAAAUUGUUUUGAUCAGCUGUGUAAAUGAACCGAAACUGUACAUGGAACCUUGCGUUUAUUUCCUGUAUUUAUCUCACCUAUUGUAUGGAAUAUGUGUGAACAUCUUCAUUAUGAAUCAGUAUAUUUCAAAGACGGCUACACAACGAGCAAGAAUACUAUUGACCGACAAUAUACAGAGCGGGGCAGCUGUAGUGUCAACUAUUUCUAGUUAAUUUCCAGACAUUUGCACUGUCUGCGCUUCUCUCCCACCAUCCUUGCCCCCCCCCCAACUAGUAUUGGUGCUAUAAAUACUGUCGAGGCUAAAUAGCGGAAAAUUGUUUAUUAAUUUUUUUGUUUACUUUUUUCAUUCCAUUUCAUCAGGUGUUGGAGACUGCUACACGGAUUCCUCCAAAGCGGGCCAUGUUGCUAGUUCCCAGACGAACUCUCAAGAAAGUUAUCCUCUGUCUAUUUCUAGCACUUGGAGGGUUUCUGUUCUGGCAUAUUUCCCAUGUUGUUCAGCAGACUUUUCUACGCUCGUACCGUGUUCUAGAAUAUCAGGGAGAAUUGCAAGAGCUGGCGAUGGUCAUGUCAAAUGCGAGUUCGCCAACAAAUAUAUUUUCAACGACACAAUCAAGUGAACAAUUAAAGCAGCACAAGACAACUCUAAUAACUACGACUAGCUGUGGGUGGCCCUACUUUCUUCUAGUAUUGGUCUCCUCCGCAUCCUAUAAUGCCCAGAGAAGGAGAGAUAUCCGGCUAACCUGGGGGGUCGAUAGUUCUCUAAACCCGAGAUGGAAGACAGUUUUUCUUGUUGCUCAAACGCUAAACCGAACGGAGUCGGAAGCACUGUUGAGAGAAGGCAAAACCUUCGGAGACCUCAUACGCGCGGAUUACUUUGAAAGUUACUGGAAUCAGACCCUGAAGAUACAAAUGGCGUUUGAGUGGGUUUCCUUGUACUGUAAUUUUUCGUUUCUUUUAAAAAUGGACGACGAUACAUUUGUUGACGUUAAAAGUUUGAUUUCACUUCUUGCCAAGCCUGCAAUACUUAAAACAAAGUUAUACAUGGGACAAUGCGAUGAGAGGAACCGCGUUCAGAGAAAAGGAAAAUGGAAAGUUUCGUUUGAAGAAUAUAACCAAACAUUCUAUCCAGACUUCUGUGCUGGAUACGGAUUUGUCUUGUCUUCUGAUGUGGUUUAUUUGUUCGUGGAGUUAUUUGACGUUGUUCCCUGGUUUAAAAUCGACGAUGUUUACAUUGGUAUGCUUGCAGAAAAAGCUGGAGUGAAACCGAAAUACAUGAACAAAUUUCGUAUGAAGGAACCACCAAUUAACACAACCUGUGUCAACCUGAAGAAACCCGGUGAUGUCUUAGUAUGGCAUGGAGUAACUGGAAAAUGUCUGUUUGACAUAUUUCAAGCUACACUGGAUUUUUAA